AUGCAACCCUUCAACAAACUUGCCGGUGUGGAAGAGGCCUCGAACAUACAAAAUCACCCACCACCUCCUCCAAUUCCUGACCUCGAAUCGCAACAACCACACAGCCUCCACUCUCGGCCCUCACGAGCCUCCCUCCCUGUCAAUCGCAAACCCAGCCGACGCACUCUCCACGAGCAGUCCAGUCGCAACUCCCUUCGCGCUCCAAGUCUUCACCCCAGCCUCCUCCCGCCGAGUCCAGGAUGGCAAGGUAUUCCCAACGGCGACUACACGGCCAGCGCACACAGCCACGACACACAAUUGGACGAUGAACUGCCCUGGGGUCCGUCACACCCUUGUUUCCCCCACCUGAAUCCUCACGUCGCCAUCUCCUCUGCUCUAUACGCAAGCACUCGUGUCAUCAGAGUACAGCGGGAUUGGCUGGCUGCAGGAGACCUCUACCCAGCGCUUCAAAACCUAUAUCCAGAAAUCCUGGAUCUAUGGAUGUCCGAAUCUGAAUUCAGAAAUGUCAUUGAGACGCUGAAUCCUAUGUUGAAGCACGCCUUUGAGCCGAAUACUUGGGCUAGUUGGUUUGACGCCUUGAUGGGUGUUGCGACAGGCUUCUUGUGGGACAACUUUGGCUGGACUGGAGUGAAGAGNGGAGUCAGGGACAUGGAGAGAUGGGUCGAGGGAUGGAACACUGAGGCUGAAAGGGAAGGCAGAGAGGUCAGGUUGAUUGAUCUACGCAGGACGGGCUUCCUGAGUCUGGAUAUACAGAUUCCGGAUCCGCAUAUCGAUGUUGGCGAUGGGGAUGUCAUGUCAAUGUGA